AUGGCGAGUAGUCGUGCGGGUGGUAGUGGCGGAGGCGCUAGUGAUAGUGAUGGCUUUAGCGAUGAUGAAUUGGAUCUCGCUGUGCAAGCGGCGAUUGAUCGACGGAUCCGGCAGAGGCAGCAGCGGCGGCAGCAGGCGGCGGCGGCCGUGCCUCGGCCAAUCCAUCGCCGACGGCAUGUACCCCGGGACCACAUUGCUGCACAUCAGCGGUUGUAUGAGGACUACUUUGCUCCAGAGCCGCGUUUUGGGGAUGCCUUAUUCCGCCGGCGUUUUAGGAUGCACCGUCCUCUGUUUAUGCAUAUCGUUGGUGCGUUAGAGAGAAGGUAUGAGUUUUUCAGAAUCAGGGAGGAUGCGGCUGGCAAACCCGGACACACACCAAUACAGAAGUGUACGGCCGCAAUCAGGCAACUGGCGUACGGAGGCCCGGCCGACAUGUUCGACGAGUACCUCCACAUUGGGGAGUCUUCAGCCGUCGAGUGUCUGUUGGAGUUUUGCGCGGGCGUUAGAGCGAUAUUCGGGGAUCAGUAUCUUCGGCGUCCGAGCCCCGAAGACUGCCAGCGGCUGAUUAAUAUGCACGGGUCGGUGCACGGGUUCCCUGGGAUGUUGGGCAGCAUCGAUUGUAUGCAUUGGGAGUGGAGGAACUGCCCCGCCGCCUGGAAGGGGAUACACACUUCCGGCUUCAAAGCCAAGCAUCCCACGUUGAUCCUUGAAGCUGUAGCUGACUACCGGCUAUGGAUAUG